AUGGCUACUAGCACCAAGCUUGCAGCUCUUGGCUUUGUUGUCUUUGUGAGCAUUGGGUUCGCCGAUGCAGCAAGGAUGCUAGCUAGCUCCUCCAGUGCUUCAGGUGGUGGUGGAGGAGGUGGUGGGGGAGGUGGUGCGAAUGGUGGGAGUGGAUGGGGUGGAGGGUCUGGAUCGGGUGGAGGCUUAGGAUAUAGUGAAAGCGGUGGAGAUUGGGGUAACAAGUGGAAUUUCGCCAAGGGGUCUGGAGGAGGAGGAGGAGCAGGCGGUGGGGGAGGAUCAAAGGGUGGAUCCGGGUCUGGUUCCGGAUCCGGCUAUGGCUCUGGUAGCGGUGUGAGUGGAUCUGCGUCGGCUCCUAGUGGUAAUGGUUAUGCCAAUGCUGAUGGUAUGGGCGGGGGCGGGGGCGAAGGUGGUGGUGCAAAUGGGUCUAGUGGAACUGGAGUUGGAUCUGGCCUUGGCAAGGGAUAUGGUGAGAGUGGUGUGUCAAACGCACCGGCUCCUGUUGCCGGUGCUGAUGGUACCAGCUACUCUGAUGCUGGCGGUAGUGGUAACGGUGGUGGUGGCGGUAACAACGGAAAUGGAGGUGGUGUGGGCACUGGCGCUGGACAGGCCGGCAGCGACGACACUUCUGGAGGCUUUGCAAAUGGAGGAGGAAGUGGCAAUGGUGGCGGCGCAACUGGAGGUGCCACUGAAGGCCCAAGUGUUGGAGUUGGAUCUGGUGCUGGGUCUGGCGCUGGUCAGACCGGUAGCACUGGCUCUUAUGGCGAAGGCUAUGCUACAGGAAUUGGUGGUGGCAUGGGUGGCGGCAAUGGUGAGAGCCAGAAUGGCGGAACUGGCAGCGGUGGAGGCAGUGGAUCCGGAUUCACAUCAAAGGACACAUGUCAUGCAUGGAAGGGACGAUCCUGA